CGACGAUCUGAUUCCCUAUCGUCCAACCCCAAGUUGCUUCGUGAUACCUCCCUCUGACGUUGCUCCCGUACCCCCUACUUCGAUUCAUUUCCUGUCCUGUCGCCUACCCCCGUGCGAAUCCUCGCUGACUCGGGCCACCAUGUACCUCCGGGCACCCCACGCCGAGGUCGACAUCCCGUCGCUCCGCACGUUCAUACGGGAUAACCCCUUGGGUCUUUUCAUCACCGCCUUCGCGUCGCCCAAGAGUCCCACCAUACAGUGCACCCACGUCCCUUGGGUGCUGGACGUGAGUGACGAAAGCAGCCCGACCGAGCUGGGGAAGCUGCGCGCGCAUCUGGCUCGCGCGAAUCCCCACUCCAAGGCCCUCGUCGAGGCCGUCGCCGUCCACGGCAGCGCCAACGGCACGCUCGAGCAGGAAGUCUCCGUCGUCUUCACCAGCAACGUCCAUGCCUACGUCACGCCCAAGUUCUACACCGAGACGAAGCCCAGCACCGGCAAGGUGGUGCCCACCUGGAACUACGCCGCCGUCCAGGCCUACGGGAAGGUCAGGGUGUUCGGCGACGCCAGGAGCCCGGAGACGAGCUCGUACCUGCAGCAGCAGGUCCAGGACCUGUCGAAGCACUCCGAGGAGCACCUCAUGAAGUACGUCGGCGGCGACGCCCCGGCCGCCUGGCAGGUCGACGACGCCCCGGCGCCGUACGUCGACAUCCUCAAGAAGGCCAUCAUCGGCAUCGAGAUCGACGUCGACCGCCUCGAGGGCAAGUGGAAGAUGAGUCAGGAGAUGACCAGGGGCGACCGCGACGGCGUCGUCCGGGGCUUCGAGGCGCUCGGCACCGAGCACGGCCACCAGAUGUCCAAGACGGUGGAGGAGCGCGGCGCGUUGAAAGACGCAAAAGCGCUAGCGGCGGCGGCAGCGAAGGCUAACGGAGAGUGAAAAGGCCGUUCGUUGAGCGGAGCCGCCCUUGGGGGAGGGCUGCGAGAGGUCCUAUUAAUGUGUAGCUCCAAGAAGAUUCCGUCCAAAGUUAGCCGUAGGCACGAUCUGUGUUAGGCCGGGUUAUACCAUACUAACUAGUACGCUGGGAGACGGUUCAGGAGGACUAUCGUGGGAUAUUAGUACUAGAUACUUGGGGGUUCGGUCCGCAUAUCAGGUAUACUUUACUUGUAUCUUCAAGUUGAAACAUACCUACCUAGAAGAGGUUAUCUCGAUUAAAGAACACCCCAGCAAAUUGUAACCGCAAAGACCUUUGUCUUUAAAAAUCGACAAGAACAACUAAAAAGCUAAAUGAUCGAAUAUUUAGGGAACAUAGGCCGG